AUGCGAGCAACGAUAGACGACGAGAACUCGUCCGUGGCCGUCACGCUUCUGCCUUCAGCACAGGUGGAGCCUCUGACCAGCUCUCAGCCUCCCACACGCACCGGCGCCGUGGGCACCAUGGUGAAGACUGAUGUCAUCAAUGCACCAGGCAAUGAUGCAGGCAGCUCUGGUGGCGGGAGCGGGCCAUCUUCGAUGGCCACGGCGACCACAACCAACGCAGUCUUCUACAACCCCUCCGCGCAGCUGCCGACGCCGCCACCACUGCAUCGGAACUCGUCGUCGCCGGCGCCGAUGCAGCAUCCUCAGCACGAGGAGCCGCAGCGACUUGGAGCUGUGCCCUACUUGCCUGCGUCCUGCGAGUCCGACAGCAACGAGGAGCCUCUCUUCCAGCACCCCCCACCUGCAACGCCAAGAGCACCCCUUCUGCAGGGCCCGCAGUCGGGCCGUCUGUGGGGCGCCGUGAGCUCGACGCCGUCGUCCGCCGGCUUUGUUAGCGGUGGAACCGCUCCGUACGCGUCCCUUCUCCACACUUCAUCCGCCCUGGCCGUGGGGGACCCGGAGACGCCGGACACAACGGCGGGGCAUGGCGUAGUUGUCGGAAGUGAAACCUCGAAUCGCUGCCUUCCGGCGUCCAUCAAGGCGCACCCCCCUGCGUCCGCCACCAGCCCUGCAAGCAUACACGGAGGCUACUCGGACAGUGGCAGUGACUUCACGGCAACGACAACGGUUGGAAAUCAUAGCAGUGGCGGCCGCGGACUGCGACGGCCUUCACUAAUGACGGGCCCCAACGGCGCGGCAGUGCCAUUGGCGUCACCGAUGCUGAGUGGGCCGCAGGGUCGGUGGGUAAGGCCGUCGGGCGAGGAGAGCAGCAGCGGCCUUGCAACCCUGUCUGUGACUGCGGCGCCCGCCAACUUGGGGGACACCGUACUCGUAGCUGAGCCGCCGACACCAAUGAAGCAGCGUCGCACGAUCCACACAGGAAUGAGCAGCACGGGAAGUCUUCCAUGCGGAGCCAUCGGCGCCGGUCCUCGACUCUCUACCACCGCCGCAGCCAGCACCGGAACCUGCUCCUCGGCUGCUGCUGCAACGUCCGCCGCCGCCGUAGCUGGAGGUGCGUCACCAAAGCCGUCUCUGCGCAUUGCCGCGCCACUUCGAGGACUCGGCUACAACUCAGCGGCUAACAGCGCAUCAGCGCCUGCCUCUCGUCCCACCACGUCAGGCAUGAGCACCGCCCCCCCUCCACCCUCCUUCAAGUGCUACCGCCGCGAGGGCAGCCGGAAGCGGUCCGCCGACGUUCUGUCGCAGUUUAGCGCACUUGACCUUGACGAAACGCCGGCAACGCCUUUUGCGCAGACGGGUACCGGUCGCUUUACCAGCAUCACCCACAACGGCAACGGGCACAACGCCUUCCCAUCGCAGCCUUCACCGUCGAUGGCUCUCUACCGGGGCGCCGGCGGCGGCAGCAAUGCGAUCGGCGCCGUCUCCCCUCUUAUCAUAGACUACGCCACGCCUGUGGCUCUGUCUCAGCAGAUUGGUGGCUCGAAUACCUUCUCGCAGGUGCUGCUGCAUCCAUCUCAGGACGUUCUGGACAUGUCGCAGGCCGAAACGGAGUGCUCGAACUUCUUGGCGCGGCGCAUCCUAAACGAGUACAACGAGGUACGACUCCUCGGCAGCGGCUCGUUCGGCACGGUCUCCUUGUUCAAGGAGAUCAGCUCAGGCGAGUACGUCGCAGUGAAGAUGUCGCCGCCGCUGCGGACGCCGGAGAUGGAGCGGCGCUACCGCCGCGAGCGGUCCGUGAUGGGCAUGGUGCGGGGGCUGCCGCACGUCGUGCAGCUCUCUGCCGCAUGGGAGGAAGGUCGGGUGCCGCGCAUGUAUCUGCAGCUUGAGUACUGCCCUGGCGGCUCCGUCGCGUCUGUCGCGAACGCGAAGCAGAGCCGGAAUGAGCCCUGGUCGGAGGCGGAGGUGAAGGUGUUCCUAGCUCACAUGAGCAUCGCACUCGAUGCGCUGCACCGCGCCAACAUUGCGCACGUCGACUUCAAGCCGGACAACGUCCUCGUCGAUAAGGAUGGAGCGUACAAGCUGUCUGAUUUCGGCUGCAGCGUGCUACUGGAUGAGAGAGGCCGACCGAGACCGGAGACGCGGAACGGCUACGGAUCCCCGGCACGAGUCCAACGAGCUGGCGGGGUCGGAGGUGUCGCGUGCGCGAACCCGAGCGGCGGACCUGUCGCUCACACAGGUGCUGGCGCUGGUGGGCUGGGCUCUUCCCUGGACUUCAGCAGCUGGAACGAAGGCAACGAGCUGAGCACGGUGAGCAUUGACGAGGGCGACUGCCGGUACCUAUGCGCCGACAUGCUGAAUGAAAAGCAGCACUUCAAGGCUGGCGACAUGUUCUCGCUGGGGAUGUCGCUUUUCGAGCUCAUGUCGGGCCAACCACUCCCCCGAAAUGGUGAUCAGUUCCUAGCGCUCCGCCGCCGCGUGCCGGUGGAGAUGCUGCGCCGCCGCGGAUACUCGGCCGACCUGGUGGAGCUUGUCGUGGCGCUCUUGCGUAGCAAUCCCCCACAGCGACCCACUGCACGACAGGUUCUACAGUACCUCCGGCCCUCUUCCGAGGAACUUCAGUUGCUCUCGAGCGCCUCAGCGAUGCAGAGGUGGACAGAGAGCGCUGAAAGUUUUUGCCAACUGCAGGAGGAGGAGCGGCAGCAGCCACCGCUCGGCAAGGAUGGUGUGCUGACUGCCACCGUGGACGCGCUGCGGUGUGUGAGUGCGCUCAUGGAGGCGUCGAUGUGGCUCUUCACGACAACUCAGCAGGACGUUCACCGACUCGCUGCCCCAGCAAACGCCGACAAGGGAGAGGAGGAGGAGGAUGAGCGGCGCCGUCAGCAAACUCAGCAGUUACAGCCGCAGCCGUUGCUCCAGCUCCCUUGCGGGCAACAGUUAGAAGACCUGCCUAUGUCUCCGAUCCAGCGCGAUGAGGCGUGUACGCCGACAGCACUGAAUUACUAA